GGGGGUACAGGAGGGGUUCCCGCGCUUCUCGCGCCCCCGACUGGAGACGAUGAGGUGGACCGGAGUGGCAACGGGGUGCUGGCCCGGGAUCGCGACAGCAUCUGGACCAUGACCUGCAUUGGCAGUGCGGUACGGCUGUGGAUCUUUUCGGGCGAUAGUGAGUUCCUGAUUCCAUUCGUGCCUUCCAGUGGGGGUUUAGGCUUGCCUAAGACGAGCGAAUAUCUGGAGAUCUCCACACAUGGCGCGAGAUUCUCGACGGCCUGGACUACAUCAGACAGCAUACAACGCCCUCGAGAGAGCUGCUCCGCAAGACUCCAUCGCCCAGGCCGGCCAACGCAACAAUCCCCGACAAUUGGCACGACAACGAGGUCGCUCAGUUAGACGCCCGCCGUCAGCAAGGGGGUCUUGUCCAACUGGCUGCCGCCCCCGUUGCUAUGGAUUAUGGUGCAGGCUCGUCGUCAUUUGCCACCAGCCAGGACGAGCACGGGCCAGCGCUGCCGUCAGAUCAAUCAGAUCAAAUAUAGGGUGCCCAUCUGAUCU